AUGGUUCACACCAAAAAUGAAACAAUGCCUUCGAACCAAACCUGUGGUAAUGUCGACACAUCAGUCAACCCUUUCUUUAUGCUGGUCUACAGUCUGGUGUUUCUGGUGGGUUUACCCCUCAAUGGUUUCAUCAUGCAGUUUUACUGUUGCCAAGCUCGGCAGCAGGCAUCGAGCAGCUUGAUGGUCUACCUGAAGAACCUGACAGCUGCUGACUUCCUGCUCUGCCUCUCUCUGCCACUGCGCAUAAUCCACUAUGCCAUCAGCUCUCCCAUCGUUCGGCUGCUCCACUGCACAGUUGGAGCUUCUGCUUUUUUCCUCAACAUGUACACCAGCAUCAUAUUUAUGACGUACAUAGCUGCCAAUAGGUAUCGGAAAAUCGUACAUCCUUCAGGAACUCACAUCCCGCAAACAGUACGAACAGCGAGAAUCAUCUCUGUCAUCACCUGGGUUAUUCUCCUGGCUCCAACAAUCACUUUUAUCAGCUUUUUUAUCAGCUCCAAGAAACCUUUGACCUCUAAUCACUGUGUUGAUUCCUUUAAUUCAUCUGUCAGCCUGCUGUACAAAAUCCUCCACACCUUCUCUGCAAUUAUUGUCCUCUUAGUCUUCAUAUCCCUGGUGUUCUUCUACUACAGCAUCUCCCGCAGGGUGUUGCAGGCACAGCAGAGUCAGCUGGCCUCCUCUGGCUCGGAGAAGCUGGUGAAGUCUCGCAGGAACAUGUUGGUGCUGGUCAGCAUCUUCUGUGUUUGCUUUGUCCCCUAUCACCUGGUUCGUCUUCCCAUUACUUUUCUUUUUAACAGCUGCUCUGUGGAUCCAGUUUUGUACAACCUGCAGGAGACGGCUGCUAUGGUGUCAGUUUUCAACGUCUGUCUGGACCCUCUUGUUUACUUUUACCUCAGUAAGACUUUUCGAGCUCAGGUGAGAAAGGCGUCCAGGAGGACCAACAUCCAACAAGCAAAUGAGGAGAGCGAGAGCAGCAGGGAGCAGCUGGACAUCACUACAUCAACACCAGUGUUGCAGGGCAGUGAUCUGUAA